AUGGCUUCGUCCGCUGCCACGUCUGCCACCAGAACAGCAUUGCGCCAGGCCAAAGGGGCACUUCGAAAAUCCAUGGCGAGCAGGCUGAGGGGUAUGAGCCAGGAGGAGGUCAAGGGUGAAUCAUCUCGCGUCACAUUGCGAAUCUUGGGCUCCUCCACGUGGGCCUCGUCGAGCUCCGUCGGCAUCUACCUAUCCACCUCUGGCGAGGUAGAGACGGACGCGUUGUGUCGCGCAGCCUUUGAGCAAGGCAAACAAGUUUGGAUUCCCCACUUUGCUCUGGAUCCUGGGAUCGCAGCUGCAUCGCCACCAAGGCAACCUCUUCCUCCUCCUUCUCCUCCCCCGACCAAGAGGACAUCCUCUUUCGCGGAAGAGAUGCGCAUGUUGUUGCUGAAGGAUGUGCAAGAGUAUCAAUCGCUCAAGCCGAACGCUUACGGCAUAAGGGAGCUCAGCGUCGAAAUGGCUCGCGUCCGUGAAGAAGCGCUCGCUUCGAGGACUGCACCGGACCUCAUCCUGGUCCCCGGCGUGGCGUUCGAUGUGCACGCCAAUAGACUGGGUCACGGAAAGGGCUACUACGAUCGUUAUCUUGCUCAAUUGCACAAAGCUGCGCGAGCUAGACGAGUCGCUGCCGAAAAGGAGCCCAUUUCAGUGGCCCUGUCCUUGUCCCCGCAGCUUCUGCCCGAAUCUCAAAUGGUCCCCACAGACGAAAAUGACAGACCUUUGGAUGCCAUCGUUGCACCCGAUCGGACGAUCUUUGGACCUGGGUCUAGAUGGCAAAAUGCAUGA